ACAUACAGCCUCCAACAGCUGAUGGCUGAUAGUCAAUAAUAGUCAGUGAUUGUUGACAUUGUAACUGUUACUUGUUACACUUAGCCGCUCGCUAUACUAUAGUACUAGAUCUAGGCCUAGAAGCAAAGAUACUCCCUGCGAAAGGCGAAGAUACUAUCUUUGCUAGAAGUACACGAAGAGUGUUAGCUCAUCAACUUGCGGAGAGUGAAGAGUAGAACAGCAGAGGGGGAGGCCCAAACGCUUCCAACUGAUACAGACUGAGUGAGAUAUAGUCUUCGGACAGUUGAAGAGUUGAAAAACGAAGUUUCGUCAAAGACAAGCUGGCUCAAGUUAAAGAGAGGGUCGCGGGACACGAGAACACUGCUGAACAGAAGAAUUGAGUUGGCAAAUUUUUGAAAAAUUGUUGAUACAACUUAACCUGUCCCGGCAUUUUGUUUCAUGAGGCAAAAGACGUGAGGAAUUCGCCGAGAUGUCACUGAAACGUGUUGCAGUGGUUACAGGUUCCAACAAAGGCAUUGGCUUGGCUAUUGUGAGAGGUCUCUGCAAAGAUUUUCAAGGAGAUGUUGUACUGACAGCUCGUGAUGAAGGACGAGGAAGAGCAGCUGUCCAGGUCUUGGAGAAGGAAGGGUUUAGUCCUAAGUUCCAUCUUCUGGACAUCAGUGACCACCAAAGCAUUGUCAAGUUACGAGAUUUUCUGAAAGAGACCUACCAAGGACUUGAUGUUCUUGUGAACAAUGCUGCCAUCCUGUACAAUGAGGACUCAACAUUGCCAUUUCCCGAUCAGGCGAGGGAAACCAUCAAGGUCAAUUACUACAACAACCUGGAUGUGUGCGAGGUGUUGUUCCCCUUGCUUAGACCUCAUGCCAGGGUCUGCAACAUGUCCAGUCUGGCAAAUGCAAUUGCUUUCAAGGUUUUAUCCCCGGAGCUCCGCACGAAAUUUCUUAAUCCUCAGAUCACCAUGCCAGAGGUAUCGAGCUUGAUGACCCAAUUUGUGGAUGCUGCACAGGAGAAUAAGCAUGAGGAGCAAGGCUUCUUUCUAAGCAGAGUGUCAUCCUAUGGCAUCUCCAAAAUUGGAUUGACUUUGAUGUCGGCAAUACAGCAGAGGGACUUUGAUGCUCAAGGAGCUGUCGAUAUUGUGGUCAAUAGUUGCUCCCCAGGCUACGUGAACACAGACAUGACACAGGGCAAAGGUCCCCUUACUGUGGAGGAGGGUGCCGUGACUCCCCUGUACUUGUGUUUGCUUCCACCUGACGUCUCCGGCCCUCGUGGUCUGUUUAUCCGGGAGAAGGCAAUUUAUGACUGGACAACCACGUGAUUUAUUUACAUGAUCUUUGAUUGGUUGUUAUUGGAUGCAAUUCAGCUACGUGUUUUUUGAUUGGUUGUUAUUGGAUGUGAUUUGACCACAUGCUUUUUUGAUUGGUUGCUAUUCAAAAAUAAGAUGUUGGAAGGUACAGAGUAUAUUUUAGGUGCCUUUAUUGGUAGAGGCUGACUCUCUGUUGAUGCUUUGUGACUUCUUUAUUUUCAUUUAUGAAAUGUGAAAUUUUACUUUUUAAACUCCCUGCUUUUUAACUGUAGCGGGUACUUACGAAAAAAUCUUAUUAAAUCAGGAUCAGACCAGGGUUUUAUCAUUAAGAUUAGUUUUUUAUUUUCAACAAUGUUUCUUGUUACGGGUCACAUGUACUGGGAGUCCCAACUAUAACCUUUUCAUUAAUUUUUAGGGGAAGUCAAAGGGAAACAGAUGCUCUAAAAGAUUAUAUUUAUUUUGCUGCCAUCAUAGUGAGAUAGUGAGAUAGUGUGGUGAGUGCUGGAUAGGGCGUUUUUUUUGUUUUUUGGUUGUUGUUGUUUUUUUUUUUGGUUUUUUUUUGGGGGGGUUACAUGAGGAAAACAAGCUACAGUCUGCAGAGUAAUAGAUUUUUCUAUUAGUUAAGUUCUAUUCUUUUGAAAGAAUGUUAUCCUUUACUAGAGUCAGUUGUUGGAUUUUUUCUGAAAACUAGCAAUUUUUCCUAUGACAAUCAUGAAUGUGCAUGUUGAGUUGAUCUUCACCUGUUGUUUAUGUAAUUCAGACAUAUAUAUAUGAUAAAGUAGACAAAUAUUCUUAUUUCAUGUUUCACUUCGGAGCUGAUUCAUAAUGAUGGUUUGGUUUUCUAGCAGGUUGUUCUUAAACAUGUGUUGUUAUUAAGUUUCCCCAUCCUCUUGUUUUGUACCUAUUGGAGAUGGGCUUCAAAUUCAGAUGUCCCGCCCUCUUGAACACAGUCUUCAAUGUUUACAGGGUUGUUGACUCACAACUAGGCUGCACAUUACUGUCCAGCACAGAGCUGUCAAACACAGUAGUAUUUUGUUAGUCACACUCAUUUUGUUCAAUAAUCGGAUUCUUCAUUCAUAACCAUUAUACCAGUUCAUAUCACAAGAAGUCAGAUUAUAUAUUUUGAAUGCUAAUUAAAAGAUUGAAAAGAAAAAGAA